AUGUCAGGGGAUACAAAGGCAUUCAAAACAGAUUUAUACGGCGAGCAUGAGGGCCGCCAUCCUUCUAUGCAAGACCUUAAGAAUCGACUAUCAUCAGACAUCAAAGUGAAUCUUGCCGAUAUAAUUGCUGAGCGCCCUGGCACCGCCUAUGUGGAUUAUGAUGGCAUAACUCGAAAGGUGGCGGAACAUGGCAGGCUAUAUGAUGAUGCGUUUGAUGAAAAUAUCACCUUUGGCCCCGAUGGCUCUGAUACCAUUUCAUCACGUUGGAAAGGCUGGACAACUGCUCAUAUAAAAACCACUUUUCACUUUGAGAAUACUUAG